AAGGUCGGUCAAAUUAUGAUUCUGACUUACACACAUUUGACAUUGAAAUCUCUUGCGCGAUACAGGAUUUGGUCCGUGGGCCCCCAAUUUUGUCGGAGUUACAAAACUUUAGAACAAAUAUGUUGGGCGCUAUUAAAAUUCUCAUCGAUACUCCGCCUUCUGCACCAAAUCUGGUCUCUACAGUAGUUGAGAAACACACUGAAGCACAUGGUCAAGCAUCUAAGGAGGAAUCAAACAUUGACUCACAAGUUGGAGAUGAAGUGGACAUCGGGCCUGAAACAAUAAACAGAGAUGACGGGAGGUCCAACGUUGUGGAAACAAAUGAAGGUCCUCUUGCAGCAAAUGUUGCUCAUGUCGACAAGCCUGAUUCUACUUUUCAUGAAUUUUAUACCUCAGUUGGAUGGGUCAUUUCAAAGUAUGAUGUUCCAAAAAGUGUUGACAAAGUGGUAGAUGCAGAUGGUAAGAAAGCAUGCUCACCUAUUUUGAUUCACACCAUCAAGUUAUUUGAGCUGAUCGAUGUUGUCAAGUAUGAGCACUUGGGUUCAAAGAAAAUAGUUCAAUGCAAGUCUGGCCAUCUCUCUUAUUUCUACCGCUAUACUUCAUCUGAGAAGCUUCUUGAAGAGUGGUCAACAAAUGAAUGUCUCUUCUGGUUCGUCGCGUACUCACGUAUCCAAAAGCAUGAGUGGGAUCCUCCACCUUGAGGACAAGGGAGAUUAAAAAAAUUAAAAAGUACAAAAACUUUCUAUAUUUUUCGUAAUGCAAUAAAGUGAAUAGUAUAAAUGAAAAGUGGAAUGUAAU